AUGAACUAUCCCCCGCAGGACCAGCCCGGUUCUGCCAAGUCUCGCCUGCUGCGCCCAACACAAACAACAGGCCGGCAGAAACCUCGCCCAUCGCAGCAACCAUCGCAGCCUGUCCCCUUUGACCCCGAGGACCUCUCAAGAAGACUGUCCAUCGUUCUCGCACAGCAAAAGGCUCACGCUGAGAGGAGGCGCACACCCAAGACGGAUUCUGCGCGACAUCCCAAGCCAGCCCUGAGCCACCCGGCCGCCUCCUCUUCUCAUCCACAAGACGCCUUCUCUGCAGGUGCCGUUGCGAAAAAGUCGUCACAACCACCAACAGCCGCCAAAGCCAUCGAUUCCACAUCACCACCUCUUCAGGAUGAGAACGGCUCAUACAUUCCCCGCGUCGCCGCCACGCAGUUUGCUCGCACCACGACGGCCGCCGACAUGGCGCACCAGGACCUGGCUCACAUGUUCUCGCGCAGAGCCAUCAACACCACCGCCACUACCACCAGGUCCCACCGCUCCGGGGCAGACCCCGGCGUCGCCAUGCCGCCGAUCCCGCGCCAGCACCCGCUCACCGUCGCGGCCCCAAGCACCAUGACGUCAGCCGACCUGGACCCCGAGCCACCCGGCGCGCACGAGCACAGCCAGACGCUGCAGCGCAAUCGCAUCCUCGAGGCUGCCACCGCUGCGGGCGAGGCGGGCGACUUGCAGGGCCGCUACCCGCAGAGGCACACCAUCGAAGGCCCGAUCGCGAUGGCGGCCGUCGGUGGGGCCCAGGCGACGGAGGAGCAGCUACAUGGCGAUGACGCGGCGCGGCGGGUCAGCACAGGCGACCUCCUCGGCAGGCCCCAUGCCAACGGGAAGGGAGCCGCCGCCGCCGACGACGAGCCAGAGGUGCCACCCCAUGACGUCAACGAGCACCGCGUCGACUGGACGCAGAGCGACGAGAGGCCGAAGACACGCUCGACGCCGCUGCUGCGCAAGGCCGACUCCAUCUGGACGCUGCGCGGGUCGGCUCGGGAGCCUGAGCAAGACCGCGCGCGACGACAAGGGGGACGCCGGCGGGUGUGGGGGAGUCGCUCAAGUCGCCGGAGGGGCUGGGUUCUUCGCGCGCUUCAAGGUCAGCCACUAAGGGUUCGCGACGAACACAAUGACUGA